GGUCACUCGUUGUCCUUCCUUUUCCUGGCGGCAAGGCGUGCGAGUGUGCUUCAGAAAUAUAUGUUUUUUCCAGUAAGCAAUUUUGUAUCGGUUUUGAAAACUCUUUUUGCUUCUCAGGCAUGAGUUUGCCACUGAAUCCAAAGCCGUUCUUGAACGGUCUGACAGGAAAACCUGUGAUGGUGAAGCUGAAAUGGGGUAUGGAAUACAAGGGUUACUUGGUUUCGGUGGAUGGCUACAUGAACAUGCAGCUGGCCAACACAGAGGAAUAUGUUGACGGAGCUUUGGCGGGUCACCUUGGGGAAGUGCUGAUCAGGUGUAACAAUGUUUUGUAUAUACGAGGAGUAGAAGAAGAGGAAGAGGAUGGAGAGAUGAGAGAAUAAUGAAAAAUGGUGUAGUUAUGGAGUGAAUAUUAAACAUGUGUGAUUUAGUUUUUCAGUUGUAUGGGGUUGUGUUUCCUUUUUUGAGGAAUUCAUGUGUUGGAUUAUUUUUUACAUUGUAAAGCAUAUUGGAUGACAAUGGUGCAAAUAAAUUAUGCAUUUUGUA